ACGACUUGCCAGUCUAACUUGCACAGUCUAAGUUGGGAUUUAAAGACUCUGCGAUGCGUCCAGCUACAGUGCUACUUGUGGCAAUUGCCGCUUUACUAGUUUCGGGAUACGAGGCAGCUGUUUCCCAGGGCGUCUUCAAGGAUCCAGCCCAUCCUGGAAAGUGUGUUCUCGAGGGAUUGGUUCUUGAAAACGGUCAGAUUGCUCGCCACCCACAGAGGUGUGAGCGAAUUAUAUGCGGAGAAAAUAGUGUGGCAGAGAUACAAUCUUGUGGUGCCUAUGGACUUCCUCCUGGCAAAAAGUUUGGAAAAUUCACGGAUCCUAAGGCAGAUUACCCUGUCUGCUGUAAUCGUGAAAUUAUUGACCAGUAAAAUCGCACAUCGAAACGAGUUAAUAAAUGCUAUGGUUGAGUUUCCCGACUAUCAGAUACCCGUUACUUAGCUAGAAAAACGAGAAAUAUCAACACUUUUUUGGCAUACCGAUGGAAAUUGCGAUAAAACAAUAAAAUGAAAAAGUUUAAAUAAA